CCUCCGCAGAAGAUCACUCCUUGGAAACUUGGAGCGAUAUGGACGAGGAUGGUGUACCACCCUCAUUCUGGCAUGGUGUACCACCCUCAUUCUGGCAUGGGCGGUCACCACUUGAUGAGUUUCCAGAGUAUCUGGCUGUCCCUGAUGAGCUAUGGAGAGAAGAAACCUGGGCGGUUGGCAAUCAAAUGUGGUCACUACCUCCCCCACUUCUAAAACUGGCGAGGAGAUAUAAAACAUGGCUUUGGAAGGAACUUUGUAUGAUGAUCAUGAGUAAGCGCAGAGGGAUCAAUCAACCAGGAUUUAUGCAGGAAUGGGCAGAACAGAAGGCUCGGGUAAAAGCGGUAAUUCAAGCUCGAGAAGUCUUCAAAUCAAAAUAUGGGAAUGAAUUGCGGUUUGACCCAUCAAUCGGUCAAUGAAACUGGUUCUACUAUUAUAGAGAGAAAGAAAGGUCUUUAGAGAGGGGACAGUGAGUAUGUGGUGUAUGUGUUGAGUGGUAGAAUGUGGACACAAUGGUAAGAGGUGGAUGCAUGGUGUUACGGGGU